UCUCUUGCCUACACAACAUCCUCAAAGAAAAUGAGAGCAUGAACAAACAGAAGCUCCAUUUGUAAUGCAUCAGAAAGAAACUACCAGAUUUGAAGAAGAAAUCCUUGAAUUAAAAUAGCACCAUUGAUGAAAUUACCCUGAUUCUUCCUACUUACCCUAAAUUAUUGGAAAAUAAUGGCUUCAUGAGUCGAAUUCAAAUAGCGAAUGAUAUGAUAACUCUCAACAGGCAUUACGAUCAAGAUGAUCUUGAAAUGUCUGAAUUCGAGAAAGAAGUUUUCACAAAUCUAGUCAAAAUAGCAGAGGGUUUACAUCUCCCAAUGCCUCUGAAUAAACAACAGAAGCAAUCCAUGGAAAAAUUGAAGCAAGAAGUCGACAAAAUUGUAGUUAAAAAUACUAUUGAGAAUGACACACAAACAGACUUAUACCUGUUGGCGCCAUUUAAAGGGACCAAACCACCCAUGAAAUCAGUAGAAGGAAAGUGAAUCCAAACCGAUCUACCGCCUUCAGAGAAAGUCAUGGUUGAUCAAUGGAUCGAGGUCAAGCCUAAAGAGGACAAACCUGUUGUAAAACUGCGAACGGCUGUGUCCAAGCUAGCUUCGCUUAGAAGUAGCAUUUCUGAAGAAGAUGAAGAGGAGAAGGACUCCUAUAGAGUGUUUUCAAAGAAAAACAAAGAUAUCAAUAUUCCCAGCAAGGUCAACUUUAAGCGGAAGAUGCACUCCACUUCGAAGUUUGUGCGGUUUAAAUCCAUCGCUGAUAAGAGUUUAUGUAGAAACUCUAUUGGGAGUAGUUCAAUAGAGAGUUAAUUUCAGUCCUGCAAA